AUGCAUUCCUCUCUCAACCGCCUCCAAACCGUCUUCGGUUUCUUCACUACCGUUGCGCUCGUAGUCGCCGGUGUAGCUGCACUCUCAACGCUGCUAUUCCCAACCGACGCGACAACAGCAUCAGUGCAGCUUAAGAAUGUCCAAGUAACCAAGGGCCGACCACACUACUACUCAACCAAGCGAUCCGAAUAUGCCCAAAUCCGCUUCGACCUAGACGCAGACCUCUCCCCACUGUUCAACUGGAACACAAAACAACUCUUCGUCUACGUCUAUGCUACAUACUCCUCAUCCGAUGAUGUCUCCUCGAGUGUUCGUGCCUCGGAGGCUAUAAUCUGGGACUCUAUUAUCCCUGCGCCAGCGUCGCCUUAUUCAUGGGAUAUUCUCAAGAGCAAAGCGCUAGAGAUUCUUCCUACGCCUAUUGUUUCUUAUAUCUCGCCUUCUUCCGUUAAGCAGGGAAAGAAGAAUGUUAAGAAUGCGGCUAGUAAGAAGGCUUCCUCGAAGAGUGCUAAGGCCGAGCCUGCGCCUGGUGUUCUUCGAUUAAGGGGCCAGAAGGCAAAGUAUCAGAUUAGUGAUAUUACAGGUCGAUUGGCCGAAAGGGAGAAUGUCACUUUGUCUGUUGGGUGGAAUGUUCAACCUUGGGUUGGAGCUCUUUGGUGGAGUCCUGGAUCUGGAGCUUUGCCUCACACGGAUGGAUCUGUUGUUACGAGUGAGUCGUUUGAGUUUCCGGCUUUGAAGACAAAGAAGGUGGAGGGUCAGACUGGGAGUGUCUAA